AGGCUCCCUGAAUAUUGUUUCGAUGGCAACGAAACAUCGCACCUUCAACCAAUCAAAAACAGCUCAUGGAAGACGACGUCAGCUGCAGAGCUGCUUUAUUACAUGUUCCAAUGCUAUGACUCAAGGGUGCGAGUUGAGAAUAUUAAAGGUACUACCUAAACUACACUGUCUCGUAGCUUAACCCUUUAAGCCCAGCUAAGAGUGAUCAGCAUCAAAUUUCUCCUUGUAAUAUCAAUGCUUUGUAAAACAGAGUGGUCAUGAGAAUUACGGACAUGGUCACACAAGAUGAACGUGCUAGAUAUUUUAUCAACUUCUCCCCACUACUUCUGUGGGAAAUGAAUAGGGGUAAGAAAUGAGAAUUCAAAUUUUGAUCUUAGGGUUUAAAAGGUUAUCAAUUUCAGGCCGAACCCUAGCGGUAGUCUGAUAUAUUUGACAUAUUUUGAACCUGCUUCAAAGUUUUAUACAUGUAUAUAGCACCUUUGCACUUGCGGUUCAGCUUUUAAAUGUAAGAGUAGCACAGUGUAUAUUCGUUCAUUUGACGCAAUUUGGAAAAAUUUGAAGUUGUUCGAGCUCGUUCUUUUGCUAUCAGGUAGUUCGAGAUAUGACGUCAUGAGUGCUUCGAGAAAAAGCCCUUUGAAGUAAAAACAUGCUACUCUUUUGUACGAAUACUGAGCGUUAGCAUACUUAAAACCUCUUAUCACCCCAUAUUUUAUAGUCUGAGUUUGUAGACUAUCUGGGUAAAACUGAACUUUGUGUAAAAGCGAAAACGGCGGCCAUUUUGAAUAAUGUUUGAAUUAAAUAUUCUUUUUUCUUGGCCAUGUAAACUGGGACAUAUGGCUCGCCACAUUUUCUGUCAUUCCUUGACAAAGUUGUAAAAAUGUACAUGUGAGGAGCACCAUAUUCCAUUUUAUCUAUAUCAUCUUGCAUAACUUAUAUAAGGCUACCUAUUCCAAAAGUUUAAUCUUUUCAAAAUAUUGCUCUCCACCAAAAAAGCUGGGGAGAGCUUUAAAAAAAAGCAAGCGCCCGAAGGAUGAUAGGAAAGUUCGCUCAAUUGUUCACUACAAUUUGUAUUAUUAUUUUCUUAUUGGAAACAGAAGAAAAACCCAAGCGAGGAAUUGUAAUCAGCCCCCUCAGCUUUCACUUGUACUAAGGUUAAUUCACAAGGGCUUUAAUCCUGUUAACACGCGUCAAUGUUUUGCUGUUGUAGAUAGCAAACCCACAGAUGUUAUUGUCUCUCUGUACUUACUGUCCAUCGGGAAUUUCAAGGUGCGCCAGAUGGUGAGUAUGGGACGAAUUUGAUUAUAGCGCCAUGUUUUUAAAGUUAAGUAUCACUUGCAUAAAACCCCGGGGGGUGGACUCCGCAUAUAAAAGGGGUGGGGACGCUCGUCGUCUCGCUUAGGGGUGUAAAUUUCGUUUUAUUUACUCGAUUCAUAAAAUCCAAGUUUUCUCCUUUGUCUGUGUUUUAACAUGGUCUCUUUCGGGGGUUAAAAAAAGCUUGGGCCACGCCCAGAUCGGUCUCCUUUAGGGGUUUAAUUCAAAAUUUCCGACGAGCAUCCUCACCCCUUUCAUAUGCGGAGCCCCCCCCCCCCGGGCAUAAAACGAUCCAUGCUCUUGCAACAUCACGAAAAGUCAGACUCAGCUCCUUGAACGCUGAUGGCGCUGGCACCACGCAAUCCAAUUUAAUUUUGUUCAAUUCCAAGUGGAAAGCGUUUUAAAACAUUCUUUCCUAAUUUUUUCCUAGGAUUUUCAGUUGUCAUUCUACUACAGGGAGAUCUGGCGAGACCCUAGAUUAGCGUACGGCAAUCAUUUUCCCAAGGAUGAAAUCGAACUUGGUGGGGAAAUCCGUCAAAACAUAUGGGUCCCUAACACGUAUUUCGUCAACAAGAAGGGAUCGGCAUCACCUGCAGAUGCCCAGUAUUUUGUGAGAAUUUCCCGGAAUGGAACAUUGAGUACAACUACCAAGUAAGUUCAACAAAGGCGGGGGAAUGGUGAGACUCAUUGUGGGCGAGAAGGACUGGGACUAUAUUAGCAGCUUAUUUGGAUAGACUAGUCACGUGACAGAACACGAAAGUUUUUUUUUCGACUGUUUCCUGUUUUUGGCUUCACCUUUCCCCUAGAAACCUAAUCGUUUGUUUUGUUUUUGUUUGUCUUUAUUUUUUUACCUCGUCUAUGCAGACCAAUAAAGGCGCGAAUUCUUAAACGUUAUUCUCUUUAUUCUGUUCUUAGAAAUACGAUUACUAUGGACUGCUACAUGGACUUGCGGAACUUUCCAUUUGACGUCCAGAAGUGUAACUUGAACAUAGAAAGCUGUAAGUUUGAGAGUUUUGACUACGCUUUCGAAUAAAUGAUGAAGGUAUACUACAAGUCUAGUGAUUUUUUUUUAAGAUUAAUAACAAACCUUUCGCCACAUUUUGAAAACAAAUAACGACGGUGUUUUCUGGUACUUUGUUCGUAGAUAAUGAUCGAUAAAUGCCAGUGUACAAUUCAGGAAAUUUAUAACAUUAUGUCAUUUAUCUUUGGUUUAGUUGGUUUUGCUGCUGACAAAGUUGUUUACAAGUGGAUAUCUCAGGAUAGCAGCGAGGCAGUAGAAAAAGACCCCGGAAUGAUGAUUUCAGAAUUUGAUCUUGGGUCAAUUCGAACAUUUGAAACCACCUCGUACUACAAAUUAGGUAUGAUGGCGUAUGAUGACGAUGAUGGAAUGGUGAUUGGUCAGUUCUUUUGUAAUUGCGCCACUCUAGAAACGGGAUGGAAACUGGGGCGCAGUUAACAUUCGCAAAGAUUUCUGGUACUGUUAAAAGGGACAGGGAAUUGGCCAAUAGUUACACAGGUGUGUCUCCAGUAGCAAUGCCAGAAACAACUGCGGGGCGCAUUUCUGCCCAGGUUCCCUUCUUAGUUUCUAAAGUGACGAAUAGUGAGCUUGGUCAAAAAAAUCUACAGCUUGCUAUGGUUUUGAAUUGCUGCGUUCUGUGAUUGGCUGUUAUAAUAUCUCUCGCCACUUUGUCAAACCACUCGUGACUUGUUUGCGAACAUUUUCUUGCCUUUGGCUUCAAGGGUUUAUUGGCUCAAUUUGCCGGAUUAUCUUUAAUGUGAUGUGGUUGGCCCGAGCGACUAAUUUCGGCCGGCCUAGGCCACUCAUUCAUAGCCAUGUUUCAAAAAAUGAUUACAGAUCAAUUUUGAUAUGAUGAAAUGAAUGCUUUCAUUUUUUUACCAUAACUGGCACGUCAGACCAAUUUAAGAUGUGUAGUGUAUUAUACAGAUUCCAAUACUUUAAAAAAAAUAAACAGAAAACACAUGAUCUCGUAUUCUCCUCCUUGAGUUUCAGGAACCAACUUGACUGAGCAUGCCUAAAUUGUUAAGAGUUCUCAAACUUGAUGAUUAACUGAAAAUGAUUUGAAAUCAUAAUCACAAGACCCUCGAGAAGGAACGACUUCAGAAGACGGCUGAAGUUCAGGAUAAGUCCUGACAAUAUCGCAGCUAAUUUUAACGGUGUUGUUAAACCUUUUUAGGGCCAUUUUCCAACUUGCGCAUGGAGCUGACCUUCUUCAGAAAAUCUGUUUAUUACUUGAUACAAAUCUACAUUCCAAGUGGCAUGAUAGUAGCACUUUCUUGGGUAGGUGAUUGGCGAGAACUUGUCCUAAUAGUAUCAUGAUCAUUAUAUUAGGGACUGUAAGAUUCCACGACGAUGACGACAACGGGAACGUCAAAAGAGCAAUAGGUUGAAUAGGCAAAACAACAAUUCUGCACGUUCAUCAUGCGUUUUUGUACAUUUCUUUGCCGGCAAUGAACGACUACGACGGGAAAGUAACUAAUUUCACGCGACGUUUUAUGGAGGACAUAAACAAGCGACGGCUAAAUUUUUCUUUCUCUUUCUUAACUUGAAAAGGAAUUCGGCUCAAAAAGAGUUCGCUUGUAUUUGACAAUGCAAAUGAGUUAGAGUAACCGUGAUAAACAUUAAGUGACGUUUUCGUGGCCGUGGCCGUCGUGGCAUCUUUAGAACAACACGAAAUUAUAUAGGUCAUUUUAGAGUUGCCCCGAGCCUCUGUUUCAAAGCGAGACUAAGCGCGAAGCUAUUGAUAUGAAAGUGAUUUUUUAAUCUCACCCAAAUGAAACUCAUUUUCAAAAGAAAGGUUUUAUACUUAGCCUAGCUUUGUUUUUCAGCUGACGUCAUGGCGGCCAUGUUGGUUUACAAAAACAAAAGAGUUUCUCCGUAGGGAACUAAACUCUUUUUUUUUUAUGCAAACUCUGCGAACGAAAAUUGCAUUGUUUCGUCAACCAACCUGGCUGCACGGCCCAAGUUGAAAAGUCACGUGGCUGCAAACCAAGAAUUAAUCACCACAAACUAGUUUUGAUUUUUCUAAGGAGAAAAAACAAAGUAUAAUCGUUCCUUUGAGCAAGGGACUAAGCAGAUAACCAAGGGCCGAAGAAUACGAUAAUUUAUUCUUCUCUGCUUCCAAAUAAUGUGCCUCGACCACCGCACGAGAUUCAGAUUCAAAUUCAGUAACUGUCCAUAAACAAAAGUUAUCAAGGAUUUCAUUAUGAAGAUCGGACAUCAACUUAGGGCAUCAGACAGACGAGAAAUCUACGAAUUUUCAGCUGCAAAUUUUAACCUUUGCAAGCAAUUGAAGAGAGGGGAUUAAUUAAUGGUAAUUUUCCUUACUAGGUUUCAUUCUGGAUCGAUAACCAAUCAAUUCCCGCCAGAACAGCGCUUGGCAUCACCACAGUACUCGCCAUGACAACGCUGUUAUUUGGAAUCCAGUCUUCUCUCCCAAGUGUACCUUACAUCAAAGCUGUGGAUUUAUUUAUGAUCGUAUCUUUUGCCAGUGUGUUCGCCGCCCUGAUAGAGUUUGCGGUUGUCAAUUAUACGAGCAUGCGCGAAAAGGAAAAAAGAAAGAUCCGACCAGCCAAAAAUACGUACCAUGUUGUAAGUACGACUGUUUAUUAAUGGUGGAGACAGUCAUGUGAACAUUGGUUAGAUAUGAAGAGCUGUGCAUGAAAAGCCAAAAUACUUAUUUACAUUUACGUUUUGUUUUUUCCCCCAAGGGAGACAAGUUGAAAUUUUAAUAUAUUUAAUUUCAUUAUGUCGAAACUGUUUUUCUCGCACCGGCUGUAGUAGAUAACUGAUGUUUUUCUUUUAACAGAAUCCCGACAUCCUUAUGCUAAGUUUCCGCAACAGGUCGUUCGAAAGUGACGAUGAAAACAAAAAUAAUCUUCAAAAUGGCUCCGUGCACACAGAAAGCACCAGUGCCAAUAGUUCAUUAAACAGAUCGAAUCGCAUGCCAAUCACGAAUGGAACAGCCAGUGCUGAAUACCAUCCACGUGAUCAAACUGUGUUAUCACGUGAUUAUCCACAUGUUCAGGAAACUUAUAGCGAUCGUCCAAGGUGCCGCUGGCAAUGCAAGGUUACCGCCAAUGCCAUUGACGCUUGGUCACGUGUAUUGUUUCCACUCUCUUACGGCCUGUUUAUUGUUGCGUACUGGAUUAUCUACUCAUCGAGUUCUCAAGCAGAGAAGAACUAA